AUGCAGAGGAAUACUGGGUGGUGCUGGCUUCCUGGCGGGCCUAGCAACAGCAAUGCUCGCGUAAGGCUGGCGCCGGCUGUUCUGGUGCAGAGUGUUUGGGGCCGUGGGUGCGAAAGUGCAAAUUGGCCCUGGACUCCGCCACGGCACCAUCGACCAACCAAGGGCGCAUCUGAUAAGAGAAGCGAGCACGCAUUCAGAAUCCUCCGAUCAGACGAUAUCAAGAGGCGUUUUGGAGACGCUGCCCCGAAGCUCUCCAUUGAUGGGGCGAGACGGCUGUUCGCGCACGGCGGGCGUCCAGAGCCUACUCCAACAAAAUCACUAUUAAGCACACCAGCGUUGCUCCUCCAACUGCCCACCGGAAUUUCUGAAGCACUCAUGUUAGGUCUAAAUGUGUGUAGAAAUUCACUGAGAGUGGCAAGCAAAGGCCUGCAUCUUUUCGUGCCGUCCUCGCUGGCAUUUGCCCAGCUUCACACGACCCACGCCUUGUUCUCGAAUUCCACCAAGGUAGAAGGCUCAAGCGCAACUUCCGAAGAAAAGAGCGAUCUUGAAAAAACACACAGUUUGACCCAGGCAGCGGAAGAAGGGAGGAAAUUCAAGGCGCCGCAUGAGGCCUCGAAAAAGAUCCCCGCCAAUUUCGACCUCAACUCCAUCUUCUUGCUCAGCAUUCCCAUCACCACGCACCGCUCGUUUAUCUAUUGCCAUCACAAUGCCGGUCUUCUAAACAAAGAUCAGCUCAGCCGGGUGUCAUGGCUCGUCAAGCUGGAGGAGAAAUUGGUCGCUUUGGCUGUAAAGGCUUGGGACAAAUUAGUCACUUCAGACUUGACCAUCAACAAGAAGAUCGUGGCACUUGUGCUGAGGUUGCUCAAUUCGGUUCCCUACAAUGAAAGUUGUCUACGCUCCUUUCCCAGCGAAGAGGCCAUGGUCCGUGAAACAAACGAGCACCAGUCCCACGGCCUUCCUCGGGCAUUAAUGAAAGCAGAAAUUGAUGCGAACAACGUCUCGCUUGAGCACCUCAAGCCAAUUCCAGUAUACCAUUCCAAGAUCCAAGACCCCGCCGUGCUUCUCAAACAGAUGCAUCAAUUUAAGACGGACUUGGUUGCGCGUCACAGUAAAUGGGCGGUGAUAUGCGCAAUUGGCAUUCCUAUUAGUUUGCCGAUUGCGUUGGUCCCGCUAGCGCCCAACGUCCCUGGUUUCUACUUGACUUACAGAUUAUACUGUCAUAUUCAGGCAUUGAGAGGCGCGAAAAACCUAGGCUUUUUGCUUGAAAGCGAAACUGCAAAUAGCGGCGAGACCGAAUCGUCCGUGGUGUCAUCUACACAUUUGACCUUCAAGCACCAUCCAGACCUAGACCACUUAUUCGCAUCUGCCGAGGUCGAAGGCCAAGAACAAGAAAAGUUGCUACUCGAUUCGAAUACUGUGGAUAGGAUUGUCGAAACGACUGGGCUUGUGGAAAUUAAAGAGGAUUUAUAUCGGGCGUUCAAGCAGGAAAGAGGGCGGUUGGCGAAGGAAAGAAAUGCCUGA